CUUUCGUCAUCUUAGAAUACAUUCUUCUAUUCGAAUAUUCAAAGCACUCUUUACCUCCUCUCAACUUUGGCUAAUUUAUUGGUUUCACGCCAUCUUCACAUACCUCCAACGCAAAGCGGCUGGGCUUUCAUAGGAUUUCAGUUGAAUUGGGCAAAUCAAGAAUGGCAGCCACAACUCUUGUUUUGAUGGGGCGCACUGGCAAUGGGAAGAGCUCAACGGGUAAUUCCAUCCUUGGACGAAAUGCCUUCAAGUCCAUUUGGAGCUUUGGGUCUGUUACGAAGGAGUGUAAGAUGGACAAGUGUACGUGGAAGAAUGGCCGAAUACUAAAUGUGAUCGACACUCCUGGCCUGUUUGAUACAAAUGUAAGUAAAGAGGUUACUGACAAAGAAAUUGUCAAGUGCAUAAACCUUGCCAAGGACGGGAUCCAUGCUAUUAUUUUCGUACUCUCUCUUAAAAAUCGAUUUACUGCCGAAGAAGCAGAAGCUAUGGAUAACUUGGAAAUGCUGUUUGGACCAACAAUCGUAAACUAUAUGGUGAUUAUCUUUACUGGUGGUGACGAGCUGGAAAAUGGCAAUAGUACAUUAGAAGACUGCAUGGAAGAAUUCCCAACAAACCUCAAGAACAUCAUAAAUCGUUGCAAUUCAAGAAUGGUUGUUUUCAACAAUCAUAAAAGCGCAUCGGCAGAAGUCAAGGAAAAUCAAAUAACUAAAUUAUUGGAGCAAGUGGACCGUAUAGUUGCUGAUAAUGGAAAUCAGCCUUAUUCCAACGAGUUGUUCGCUAAAGCUCAGAUGAUGACAUCGCAGUUAUUUCACAUAAAAGACAAGGAAAAAGUGUAUGCAGAUCAAAUCAAACAAUUGAACGAGAUGAUGGAACAGAACACGAGUGCAAUGGAAGAGAGGAUGCGAGCUGUGACAGCAGAAUUAGAAAAGCAAUUGGAAUCUACACAUUCUGCACGGAAGACGGCUGAAAAUGAAGCACAGUCAGUAAAACUAAUUUUAGAAGCUAGAAUUAGGGCUCUUGAAAAUGAAUUACAAGCUCACUAGUGAGCCGGAACAGGGACCAUGCCGAAUUUUCUGAGGAAAAACAAGACAAGUUGAUCGUGAGUAAUAUCAACUCUGUGACUCUCUUGUCCCUAAUUCCAUGACCAUGUCUUAUUGACGAAUAAUCAUCUAAAGAUUAUAAUUAUCAACAUAAGUAAAAUUGCCAUGGAAUAAUAACCUUGUAUAUGUAGAGGGAUAUUCUCAUGCUUAGACAAGGUACUUCUUCAAUAUAUUCACAUCUUCAAAGCAUUAUAGUAUUGUAUAUGGACAUGACAAAUAAGUUAUCUAAUAAUAAUAGCAAUACUACUUUACGUAUA